CGGCACUUCGCGUGUCAUGCCUGGGCGCUCUCAUCCAUCCUGUGCGGUUUGCCCGCUCCCGCGAACGUAGGUCCAUGCUGCGCGGUCUGUGCAUGAUUCAAACUCCGGAACAGACAUCCUACUACGUGCACCCUUAUAAUUGUCAAGGUUGCGCGGACCCACAAACGGCCUUCUAUAAGACCACGUUCUCGGGCAAUCUCCCACUCACUCCCUCGUCCCCUCCCUCAUCCUCCCGUACCACCGCUGUUGCUCCCCGACCUUCCUCUCAACGCACCAUUCAUGUCGUCCAGUCAGUUUCCGCCAACAGACGCUGCGCACAAUGCCGCGCGCGAGAACAGUCGCCCAUCAAACAAGCUCACAAAUGAACGUAACCUUGAUAUGCUUGCAAGAAGCACAACACUAGGGGAUACGCGACGCAUAUAUUCAGCAUCGAGUACGCCAAACGACCUCCCCAGGAUGCCCAACGUCGAGAGCAAUCGUGCGCCACAUGCUCACCAAGAGCGACAUAUCAAUCAAGCGCCAGCUUCGAUGCACACGAGAAGCAUACCUCCGACGAGGAUCCCAAGCUUUUACGAGCUGACAAGAUUUGCACCGGAAGCUCGCAAAGACAUGAACACGCAACGCCCCGGCCACGCGCAAGACCAGAGCUCCCAAGGUCAAGUGCGAUUGUCUGUAUAUGAGUCGCCACGCGCCACAUAUACAUGGCCACGUUUCGAUCCGACUUCCACCCUAUCAACGGACGACAAGCCGGUCAUAUAUGUCACCUACAAGCGAUCAUCGGACACACCGCACAGCGAGGAAAGGCCGUCGACUUCGUCGAGUAGCGAGGCUGAACUGUCAGAGCCAGCUAGUCUGUACGCCGAAGAUCCCCACACAUACGGGAGGAAGCGCAGCUCUUCUAUUGAAUCCGAAUGGUCCUCGAACGAUCCCAUCAAUGUCACGUUGAAGCAACCGAAAACGUCGUACUUCCCCCGCCCGCGACAUGACAUCGACCUCCCGCCGAGGGCUACUUGUCUGUCACCGGCGGUGUUCAACACCUUCGGGGCGUCACCGGAUGGGCGAGACCUCCAUACAAGUUUCCAAGGACUUGGUAUCCGGAACAAAGCCCAACUCACAAGCUCAUCGCCUGGUGGCGCUAGACCCCCCGCGGAGACCAAGAGCCACAUAGUACACCCACAUGUCGCCGCCGGCCCUGCCAAGCAGAAAGUCGAUCGUAGAGCGUUGGCAACAAGAGCCAAUCGCCAACCGGAAAGCGACGACGAAUGGCUCCAGUACACCGAACCCUACAAUGCAGGCGGCGUCAAUAAAUUGAGGUGUACUUGGGGAACACGUCAAGAGGAUGGUAGCUACGUGCGCUGCACGUAUAUUCAAAAACGGCACCUGGUGAAGCGCCACGUCUGUUCCAAACACCUGGGGAUCCGACCUUGGGACUGCCCGAUGUGCGACAAGUCAUUCGCGCAGCUGAGCAACCUUGAGACCCACAUAAACACGCAUACCGGCGAUAGGCCGCACGAAUGCCCGUACUGUGACGAGAGGUUCAAGGACCCAGCUAGAUGCUGCCGGCACAAGAGGGACGUCCACGGGUACAUCACCGCGCGCGAAAGGAAAAGAGACGGCUACGGUGCCUCCGACCUCGAAUUCACAGACUCGGAGUACGGAGGGACCGACCUGGAGCUGGCACAAUCUGGACCAGUACACAGGGUCGCUGCCCCACUCCGAUCCCGGCGCCGUCGUCGCACGGAAGGCCACUGAGGCGUCCGGGUUAUGACCUCGUAAUGAUCACGAUAAUCACGAUAUGUACCGCUCUUCCACUGGACUGUGUGUUCGACGUUCGUUUCUCCUGCAUGCAUCGAUUUCGCCUCGCUGUGAUCCUCUCUAUGUUGUCCCAUUGGACCCAAUGCAUGAGAAUGUAUUCCACAGACUUGUAUCCCGGCGCAGUGAGUAAUUGGAGUCGCCGGUACACCGAGUCUGGAUGAACACUGCAGUGUAAGUACAACUUGAGGUGGCUGAGGCUCACCAACGAGC